GACAGCCGUCUUCACGGGAUGCUGCCGGCUGUUGAGGUUCGCGGGCUGGUCAAAGUCUUCCAGACGUUGACCGGGGAGGACAAGGUAGCGGUUGACCACUUGGACUUGCAGAUUGCGAGUGGGCGCAUUACGGCAUUACUGGGCCACAACGGCGCAGGGAAGACAACCACCAUCCACAUCCUCACUGGAAUGCUACAACCAACCGCCGGCAGUGCAACCGUCAACGGUUUUGACGUUGCGACCCAAAUGGAUCUGGUACGGUCUUCGUUAGGCAUCUGCCCCCAGUUCGACAUCUUAUGGCCUGACCUGACAGUGUACGAACAUCUGGAGUUGUACGGCGCGAUCAAGGGCUACCUGCGAGUGGAGAUCCCCGAGUUGGCCGCCGCCGCCGCUGCCAAAGUGGGCCUUACGUCCAAACUCCACUCCCUAGCUGGAGAGCUCAGCGGCGGGCAGCGCCGCAAACUUAGUGUGGCCAUUGCUUUUUUAGGCAACCCCGCCGUCGUGUUCCUGGACGAACCUACAUCGGGCAUGGACCCAUAUAGCCGGAGGUUCACGUGGGAGGUCAUCCGUCAGCACCGAUCCGAAUCCGCCAUCGUACUCACCACACACAGCAUGGAGGAGGCGGACCUCCUAGGGGACCGAGUUGUGAUCUUGGCUCGAGGGAGGGUGGCGGCGCAGGGAACCGGCAUGGAGCUGAAGGUAUGUACGGCACUUUCUUCGUGUGUUUAG